AUGACCAAGGGGUUGAUCUUGCCUGCCGACAUGAAAAAACAUGACGAGCUUUCCGACCUAAAGGUCCUUCGCUCGGCGGCAAAAUCCAUAGUUUUGGCCGGGCAGAAGAACUAUCUCGCCCACGAGCGCAUGAUCGCCGUGCGGCAGAGUCUGCGGGACGCCAUUGCGGAGAACAAGGCCCAAAAGGCCGAGAUAGCCAAACUCAAGGCCGCGCAAGAGGCAGUUGCGGCAGAGCGAGAUAUCCUGAGUCAAAAAGUUGACCGAGCUGACGCGGACAAACAACGGGCCGUAAAGUCGGCAAAGGCCAGGUACCUCGCCGAGCUGAGGAAACUGCGCGACGCGCACAAAGCAGAGAAAGACAAGGCUGUGGAUGACGCCGAGGACAGGGGCUACGCUCAAGGCGAAAAAACAUAUGAACGGCAAGCGUAUGCCAAUGCCACUCAGAACCGGCUCAUUGCAGAGGCAAGAAAAGAGGCCGAGGAAGAAGCCGCCGCUGCGCAACAAGCCGAGCAGAAUCCUCCCAAAGCAUCUCAAAAUGCAGAAGAUGAAGAGGCUGAUCGGGAUGUUGUCGUGGUGGAAAGUACUGACGAUGAAGCCGAGGAAAACUUGUCCAAGCACGAUGUGGAGGAGGCCGAGCAGACUGUGCAAGUCGCCGAACAAGCGGUCGAAUUAGAGUUGGAUUAA